CUGGCCCUCUCUCUCUGGAUGACAGAACAGAUCACUACCGUCUGUUGCUGUUGUAUCUCUGAAGACCCCCCUUCUCUCUCUCUCAGAGUAUCUGAAUUGACGAAAUUUUGAUUGAAUUUCGUUCUUAUUCAACGGUAAAUACUGUUACUAUGAUGUCGUGCUGCCGCCGGUUAACCGCCGGGGGUCCAACGCAAUACGGCUUGGCUCAACUCCCUCAGGUACAGAGGACGGACGAGAUUUCAUGGCUCGCACUCAAUCGUAAUAUCAAAAAUCGACGCCCAGGGAUCGUCUUGAGAUCUCCUAGACUGUGCACAGUGGAGGCGGUGAGGCACGGUGGAGCAUGGGAGGGAUCGGAAGGCCGAGGCGAUGACGGCAAAGGGAAGUUUGGGCCUCCAUGUCGGUACUCGGUGGGGGAUCGUGCGGUGGGAGACCAGAGAGACGAUCCGGAGGAAGUGACGAAUGUAAAGAUUGAUCGGAAGGUCGAGGUGGCGGUUGCAGCCGCGGCGACGGUAGUAUUUGGAGUAGCAAAUCGUGUGCUGUAUAAGCUUGCCUUGGUCCCUCUGAAGCAUUACCCUUUCUUCCUCGCUCAGCUCGCUACUUUCGGAUACAUAAUUGUGUACUUCUCAAUUUUGCAUCUGAGACACCAGGCUGGUAUUGUGACUGAUGAGAUGCUGUCUAUGCCUAAAACGCCAUUUCUUGCUGUUGGCUUAUUGGAGGCUCUUGGAGCUGCUUCUGGGAUGGCAGCUGGAGCGGUUCUUUCUGGUGCAUCUAUACCUAUUUUGUCCCAGAGCUUUCUUGUGUGGCAAAUCAUUCUGUCAAUUAUCUUUCUACGCAGGAGAUAUAAAAUCAAUCAAUUACUUGGAUGCUUUCUUGUGGCCAUCGGUGUAGUUGUAACUGUAGCAAGUGGUUCUGGCGCCGGUCAUUCAUUAAAGGAAGCUGGUAUAUUUUGGAGUCUUCUGAUGAUAGUUUCUUUUAUGUUCCAAGCUGCUGAUACAGUCCUAAAGGAAACUAUAUUCAUGAAUGCUGGUCAUCGAUUAAAGGGGGGUUCGAUAGAUUUAUUUGUGGUGAAUUCCUACGGAUCUGCUUUCCAAGCGCUGUUUGUAUGCCUCUUCUUACCUUUUAUGUCAAAGUUAUGGGGUAUUCCAUUUAGUCAAUUGCCAACCUAUCUUAAAGAUGGCGCAGCGUGCUUUCUGAACAUUGGUACCUUAACAAGUGGAUGUAAUGGUGCACCAAUGCUACCUUUGUUGUUUGUUAUUGUCAACAUGGGUUUUAACAUUUCCUUGCUGCAUCUCCUCAAGAUCUCUUCUGCUGUAGUUUCUUCCCUUGCAUCCACCAUUUCAGUGCCAAUAUCAGUGUACGCGUUCACGCUGCCUCUACCAUAUCUUGGAGUUGCAUCCUCUCUUCCUUCAGGUUUUAUUAGGGGAGCUAUCAUCCUUGUUUUGGGUUUGCUCAUAUAUACCUGGACACCUAAUGGAGGUCCUCCAACCAAUGUUUCCCCAGCAUCACCAAGCUAAGAAUAUCAUCAUUCAUCAGCAUUGCCGUUUUCAAGUGCAUUCGAUGAUGAAGCCGACUAUUCUUUUAUGCAAUUAUGCAAGGAGUCAUAAAGAAGAAUGUUUUGUAAUAGUGAUUGUAUGUGCAGCAUCUUGUUGAGUUGUUGUAACUGUGAACUGUAUUUCUAGUGUCCAAGCAGGGAGGCAUAAUUUUCUGCCAUUGAAGGCUCAGGUCAUAAUGUUCAGUGACCUGUGCAGAAGAAGCAAAAUGCACCUGAAUUGGUUCCUCAGAAAGAAUAAACGGUGCAAGAAAUAAAAUUCGGGGUGCUUUGAUAGCUA